GCCUGUGUAAAGUGUAUUGUGUUUGUGGUAAUGUGUAGAAAUGUUACUAUGCGUAUUCAUGUUGGCGUGUACAAGAGCCACAUUAGCUAAUGUUCAGAGCUUGCUGGUUAUAUAGUUAACUGUAUUUCUUUUAGUAGCCAGUCACCGAUGUCCUGAGUUUGGAAGUUGGUGGCUAACGUUGGUUAAUAUUUGUGGGGUUUUAGUACCGUACAGAACUUGCUAAGUGGCCGACUUUUUGUAUUCUUGAUAUUAACUUUUUGCAUUCUUGAUAUCAACAUUUUGCAUUCUUAAUCUCAAGAAAUUUAAACCGCUUUCCAUUGACUUUCAAUUGAGAAUUCCAAUUCUGAUAUCAACAUUUUGGAUUCAGGGUCUUUCUGUUUGUGUCUUUGUGUAUCAGUCAUGUCGGGUUUGGUGUAUAUUAUAGCAGAUGGAGGAGAAACCCAGCCUGCUGCUCUCCUUCCACACUGAACCCAAACAAGAGUCACUGGAUUCUGUUAGUGACAGUAAAGCUCAGUGUUCAUUGGUGGAUUCAGAGAUGACAUCAGUGAAGCAGGAAGACUGCAGUCAAACACUGGGACUGAAUAAUAUUAAAUGUGAAGAGGAGGAGAAGAAUAUUGGGGAUGUAAUUAAUCAAGAGAUUCCUGGAGACGAGACAUCUCAACAACAGCAACACCCUGAAGAUAAGAACUGUGAUUCCUGGAUGGAGGAGAAACCCAACCUGCUGCUCUCCUUCCACACUGAACCCAAACAAGAGUCACUGGAUUCUGAUUGUGACAGUAAAGCUCAGUGUUCAUUGGUGGAUUCAGAGAUGACAUCAGUGAAGCAGGAAGACUGCAGUCAAACACUGGGACUGAAUAAUAUUAAAUGUGAAGAGAAGAUUGUGGAUUUUAUUAAACCAGGUAAGACGGGGCUCAGUAACGAUGAUAUUAAAUGUGAAGAGAAGAUUGUGGAUUUUAUUAAACCAGGUAAGACGGGGCUCAGUAACGAUGGUAUUAGAUGUGAAGAGGAGAUUGUGGAUUUUAUUAAACCAGGUAAGACGGGGCUCAGUAACGAUGGUAUUAGAUGUGAAGAGAAGAUUGUGGAUUUUAUUAAACCAGGUAAGACGGGGCUCAGUAACGAUGGUAUUAGAUGUGAAGAGGAGAUUGUGGAUUUUAUUAAACCAGGUAAGACGGGGCUCAGUAACGAUGGUAUUAGAUGUGAAGAGAAGAUUGUGGAUUUUAUUAAACCAGGUAAGACGGGGCUCAGUAACGAUGGUAUUAGAUGUGAAGAGGAGAUUGUGGAUUUUAUUAAACCAGGUAAGACGGGGCUCAGUAACGAUGAUAUUAGAUGUGAAGAGAAGAUUGUGGAUUUUAUUAAACCAGGUAAGACGGGGCUCAGUAACGAUGGUAUUAGAUGUGAAGAGGAGAUUGUGGAUUUUAUUAAACCAGGUAAGACGGGGCUCAGUAACGAUGGUAUUAGAUGUGAAGAGGAGAUUGUGGAUUUUAUUAAACCAGGUAAGACGGGGCUCAGUAACGAUGGUAUUAGAUGUGAAGAGGAGAUUGUGGAUUUUAUUAAACCAGGUAAGACGGGGCUCAGUAACGAUGGUAUUAGAUGUGAAGAGGAGAUUGUGGAUUUUAUUAAACCAGGUAAGACGGGGCUCAGUAACGAUGCUCUGGGCAGUAAACAUUCUUCUGCAGAAAACGUGACGUUGAUCAUUAAAAUCGCAUUAUAAUAUUGACUUCCUCGAGUUUCGUAAUCUGGCACAUGUACAAAUAAUGACCUUUCAGCUCUUGGCACAUGCUGUUGGCCAGUCAAGAAUUGAGCAUUGAUGUGACGCUCAGUUGUCUGGUAUUGUUUUUAAUAAAACAUUUAAACUUGCGCGAGUCACUCAAGUGAAGAAGGCAGUGAAGGACAACUACGAGCUCAAAUUAAAGCAAACGUUUUUACCUCAGUGCAAUAAAUAAUUUACAUGUUUCGACUUCGAUGAAACUCAGAUGCACUGACGUCUGUCUUAAGUUCCCGGCUAGAGCGGACAAAGGCACUGACAACUUUCGCCAACAAUCCCUGACCAGCCAUGCCAAUAGCAGACAGCACCUGGCCAGCAUGACAGUCAAGCGGGUGGCUGGCAAUCCGUCUUCAGGGCCCUUGGUUUUAUCAGGAAUUUAAAUGCAGAUGCCCAUUGGGUGAUUGCAGACAUAACAACCACAUAUCUAGUAACUGAUGAACCAGCCGGUUGCCUUGCUUCCUGGGGUGAAUGAGUUAGUGUUUUGUUUGAAAGUCAAAUGCUUUUUUGACUUAUCUUUUUAUUCAUUUUCAUAAUUAGACGUAUGAAUGACAUCUAAUUCAGUCAGUUUUGCCCUGCACUUCUCUCUUUUUCCACAGUAUUGCUUUUGUGUGAGGUUAAUCAUUUAUUCUUAUCAAAAUAACAGAAUUUCAAGGUGAAAAUAUCUCCUUAUCAACUUGUGGGAGCAACCACUGUUUUUAGUUCUACUUCAUUUACACUGGUAGGAAAUUAUCAUUGAUAAAUACAAAAGAGUUGGGUUUGGAAAAACUUAAUAAGAGAAAUCACCUGCAGAGUAAAGAAAAAAUAAACUUUAUUCAGGUACUGUGGGAAAUUGCAAAUUCAAUCAGUAGUGGUUGGACAACAGCAACUUUUCUUGGUGAUUGAAAUCUGCUGAAGGGAAAGAAAAUAUCCUUCAUGUGGAAUUCCAUAUGAAGGAUGAGAAACACAAACGCUGUGAAAAGCCUCCAACAAACGCCGGCAUUUCUCAGUUAGGUUUGGGCGUAUCACCAACGACAGUCCCGCAAAGUACAGCCAGUAACGUUGUUAACAGUAGGCCUGCUGCGCUAACAACGGUGGGUACUUCAGCUGGUGUUUUUUGCAUGUGGUGUUGUGAAAUUGGUUUUAAAUUGAAUUCGAAGUGGCAUUAGAAAGUCUUAAAUUUAACUUGCUGAAACCUGCAGAUGCCUUGGGGUAAUUUCUGCAUGUUUUAGGCAAUCCAUUAGGUGGUGCCACAAUGGCGUGUUACAUUGAACGGCAAUAGUGACGUGCGUCUCGGCAACCAACGGACUAGCUUAAAGUACAUUCUGGAAUCUCCUGGGGGGGACGCCAAAGCUGCAGAAAGGGGCUGCAGCACUCCUACUUCACGUGGUUAUGGAGUAGAACACUGCCAUUUUGAUCUUUUGGAAUGUCAUUUAGCAGAAAAAUCUCAGUGCAAAUAGUAAAUACAUUUAAGAUAAUUCCUGUUUCCAGAGUUGUAAUGUGAGAGGGGGGUUUAAGGUUUCAAGAGUUACAAGAGUUCAUAUUUGUAAUUUGAGACUAGUUUCAUAAAAUCUAGUUUUCAGGAUCAAAAGGAAUAUUAUAAUCGUUGUAAAUAAGUCUUUUAGUCUUUAUCUGCGGAUUAACCAAACCUUUGCCAGUCAUGACUGAAUGGACGACAGGCUCAAACUAAUAAAUGACGCUGUAUUUCUGGCAGGAUCAGCCAGGACUGAGUUCAAGAAUUUAGUUUAUUUAAAGUUAGAUUGCAAACUACAUGAGAAAUAAAUGUUGUUAUUUAAAUAUUAUUAUUGGUGGUAGCCAUCUGGAUAUUACAGGAACCUCCUCUUUGCAUGGAAUAGUUACAUUGACCUUUGAUGUGAUCUACUUCUUUGAUACUGUGUGUGAAUCACUGCACUCAUAUGUCUUCUUCAUUUUAAUCC